AUGUCAUCUGACGAGGGAAUCCAAUCUUCUGAUUCGCAAGUGCCCAAGUGCUUAUGGGGUGGCUCCAAGGUGAUGAAGAGGAGAUUCGUGGCAAACUUGCAUCGUACACAACCGAAUCCCAGUUUCAGAAGUGGUGCGCCACCUUUGCUUCUGCCAUGUGCAUGUCAAGUUGGCAGAGCCUUCGACGAAAUGUGUGGCUCGCAUGGACCCUAA